AUGCCGGGUGAGUUGGGCUUCAAGUUGGAUCCCUACCAACAGUUCGUGCCGACUCCACACAUCUUCCCAGAAGGCCUACCGGAGUCAUCUGUACCCCAUACCUGGGGCGUCAAGGACGAGGACAAGAUUCCUGAGAUAUGGGUCACCGUCGGUCUGGGAAAUUCGCGGUCUCUGAAAGGAGGCGAAGGCAACUACCCCUCAGUAUCUCUCUGGAACGAAAAGGGAGACCGCCUGGGUCAGCACGACGGCCGUUGGUCGAAUCCCCUCAAACAAGGAGGACAGAAGACCAUGGCGAUUCAGCAGACGCAGAACGGUAAAAAGGAUGAGGAUCCGGGGUAUAUCAUGCUGAGCGCAGAUGACGACGCCAUUUGCAUCGCCAUGAUCCAGGUCUCCAACAGCCGACACUCUUCGGCGUUCUUUGGGGACAUUGGAUACGCCUGCGGUCAGACCUGGUACUACAGUUCGCGAAUGAUGCAGAAGCACAUGACCGACUACCUGGACUCCAGAUGCGUUUGGCUGGACGCUGAUCACACAGGCGGGAAGAACGCCCGGGCAAUGAGCUACCAUCUUAGAGACAUGAUCCCCUCUAAGGACAAGCUCGCCCUGUACAACAAGGACGGCCACAAAUAUCUCUGCAACCCUACUCGUCGCUACUCGUACUGGAAGAACUUGAAGGCGAAUGGCGAGAUCCCCUUCUUCGAUCCACCCUUGAAAUAUCUUCCCGAUAGCGCGGACAAGAGCAGAGAAGGGACUGAAGUUGAUCCUGACCUCGUUUUCGACCCCACAAACUACGACAAAGAUGUGUACAUCAAGCAGGGAGAGUCGAAAGAGGAUUCGGAAUAUCACAAGAACAACCCUUUCAAGGAUCGGAUGAGAAAGCGACAACACCGGUUGAGCAAGCGACAAGGCUCCAACAUGGAUAUUGAACGAAUCGUGGUGACAGAGAUUCCGGGGCAGACGGCCACGGAAAUCUGCCAGCAUCCGAACUCCGCUGGAUACGACAUUGUGUCUUAUGAAGACAUGAAGUACUGCGAUCUGUCUGAGAGGAAGCUGUAUGACCUAUGCAGCAGCUCGAACCCAACCAACUGCUUCGAUGCCAACAGCACUACCUUUGUCGGGGUCAUCAAUGCACGCGGCGAAGAUUCGGCUCCAGUCAAGUUGUACAAGACAAAAGACUACUGGAAAUGA